AUGCCCAACACUGCCAGGUCAGCCGUUGUCGGCGUCGCGUUCGCGGCGUCGACGCUCACCCCCGUCGCGAACGCCGCCGAGCUCGUCGGCAUCUCGUUCCCCGAGACGGUGACGCUCAGCGUCUCGACCGCGGCGAACGGCCCGCGGUCGGUCGUCGCGCCCUUCGAUUUCGGCGGCAUCGGGAACAUCGUGAACCCGACCGUCGCCGGGCCGGGGAGCAUCGCGAACGCCAACGACUUCACGCUGCACCAGACCGUCGGCGUCGUGAACGUGACGGACGUCGUCGUCACGUACGAGUUCGACAUGCCGGUGCUGAUCGACGCGUUCGACAUCGUGCAGCACCACAACGGCGUGCGCACGCUCGAGCUGCUCGUCGGCGAUUCGCUCGGCAGCCUCGUCUCCGCCGGGCAGGUGUCCGUGCCGGAGAACGCGCUGGAGUACGCGGUGAACCGCUUCGACUUCGACGCGAUGGCGUCCGGCCGGUUCGUGCAGCUCCGCCUGAUCGAGCCGGAGCUCGACGGCCAGGGCGGCUGGGCGCUGUACCGGGCGUACCCGGUGCUGGUGCCGUCGCCGGGUGUCGCGUGUGUGUUCGCGGUUGGCGGGUUGGCGACGGUGCGGAGGCGUCGCGUAUAG